UCUUCUUCUUAAUUCAUCCAAUCAUUCUUAGAUAAAUAUUAAUACACUUAAUCAGCCAUGUCUUCUUCUUCUUCUUCCAAAAGACACCCAACAUACCACGGAAUUCGAAGCCGGGGAGGAAAAUGGGUGACUGAAAUCCGCGAGCCUCGCAAAACCAACCGCAUAUGGCUAGGCACAUUCCCCACCCCUGAGAUGGCAGCCGCAGCAUAUGAUGUUGCGGCUAUGGCUCUCAAAGGUCGGGACGCAGUGCUAAACUUUCCCGACAGGGCUAGCAUGUAUCCGGUCCCGGCUUCCAAUUCUGCCGAUGACAUACGUAACGCUGCCAUUGCUGCAGCUGAAUUCAUGAACGCUGAAUCCACCAAUGGUGCUGGUUUUGAAGUUAAUCCUUCGUAUCAAACCGAUCAGUUUCUUGAUGAAGAAGCUAUAUUCUCUAUGCCAAGUUUGAUGGUAGCAAUGGCGGAGGGAAUGAUGCUUUCACCUCCCAGAAUGAAUCCACCACCCUCUGAUUACUCACAUGAUCAAUAUUACACUAUGGGACAAAGUUUGUGGAACCAUUUUUGAUCAACCACGCUCUCUCCCUUUAUAAUAUACAUAUGAUAUAAAUUAUAACUAGUACUUUUUUUCCGUUCCUAAUCCCAUGCACCAAUCAAAGUAACUAAACUACUAUAUAUAAUGUCUUGUUAAUCCAACUCAAUCGGUAGUUGCCGGGACAUCCGAUUAGAGAGACACAGAUUCAAACUUAUUCACCUUGAAAUGGAGUUAGACUAAGAAAAAAAUAGUUUAUAUAAUUGAUUAGAGAAAUGUAUCUGGCGCAUAUCAUGCAUUGCACUGAGCAUGAUUUGCUAGAGUUUGUGUGUGUUUUGAUGCUUCUGGAAUCAAUAGUCUAGUAGGCCUGAUUGCAUUUGUAUUAGAAUGUGUUGUUAAGUUUUUAUUAUAUAUAUACGAGGCGUGAGUUUUUUU